AUGCUAAAUACCUGUGAAACUGUGAAAGCCACAUGGGCGAAAUUGAGAAGUUGCCACAGAGAUGCUCUCCGGAGACAGAAAAGAUGUUUUAAAAGUGGAGCUGCAGCUGAAAUAAUAAAACAAUGGAAAUUCCAAAAACAAAUGGAAUAUUUGUUGCCGUACAUGGCAAAUAGAAAACGAAGUUCUAAUGUACUAAAUAGCGAAGACGAAGAUGAUUUUAUACAAGAUGAAAUAAUAGGUAAAGAACAAAUAUCAGAAAAUAAUUAUGAUAUAGAAGCACCAACAUUAGAAAAUGAUAAUGAAAUACUCGUACACAAAAAUAAUGAACAUGAUAUAAACGUAGACGCAACAGAAGAUUCUGUUGAAGGUAUGACAAAUACUACAUCAUCAUUGGCGUUCAGAAAUCGGCAAUCAAUAGCAAGUCGAGAACAAAGAGCAAAAGAGAGAGCGCUGGAACGUAAGAGGUUAGAGGAUUCGAAAAUCCCAAAUGAUCCAUUGUACCAUUUUUUCAUGUCAAUGUACCACACUACACAAAAAUUGUCACCAGCAUCUCAAUAUUUCAUAAAAAAAGAAUUAUAUAAAGUGGUUUCAAAAGCCGAGGUUAAUCUCUUGAAUAUUCCAACAACAUUUCAACAAACAAACCAUGAGCAACCUCGGUCUACUGCUGCGUGGAGUUAUGAACAGAACUCUUUAAGUUCUCACGAAACUUCUUCGUCUGACACUUAUUACGUGAAUACACAAACUUGUGAAAAUAGUAACGACAUGGUAAAUUAUAUUAACAAUUUUUCUGAAUGA